AUGGCGUGGGCGUUCCACCACCAGCACCCGCGGCACCAGGUCCUGGACUGGCUGGCGCAGAAUGUGGGCCGGGCAAAUGUUGUCGACCCCGAGGAUCUUGUGCGGUACGAGGAGCUGGAGCUGGUGGAUCCUUCGAGCUGCAGGGGCUUCACGCAGGACGAGAUCGACAACCUGAUGGACAUCGACCCGGAGGAGGAGCCGGCGGACGAUCGGGGGGGCUGGCUGAGGACGCCACCCAGCGAGGAGGCCCUGCUGAAGGCAAAGGCGCAGAGGCAGGAGGAGUUGGAGCAGCUGCAGAAACGGCAGAGGCAGCUGGCCCGGCUGAAGGCACAGCUGUCUGGGGCCGUGACCGAAAAGUGCCGAAGAUGUGAGGGCUACUCGAAGAGUCUGAAAGAUGCUGAGCAACGGCUCUCCUUGGCCCAAGAUCGGGCAUCUGUGGAUGACCAGAUGAUUGACACUGUGCAUCAGGGCCUUAAAAGCCGCUUGCAGGAGCUUGGGAAUCUGCUUACGAACCGCAGGGAGGAGAUGCUCACAUCAAUGUCCAACCUCAACAAUUAUUGGGAGAGGGAGACACAGGCAUCGGAAGCAUUGAAUAGGUUAAUCAGAGAGACAGGCACUUCUGGUGCUACACAUGAAGGUCAAAACAGUCCAAGCACCAGCUGUGCUGGCUUGGAAGAGCCUUCUCAAACCGAUUCCCUCCUUGCUGCAUCUGACCCAACCAAGCAGGCAUGGUACAACGAGGUGCAGCGCCUGAGAAGAGCGCAUUUGCUGGGCUCAUCUCAAGCUGUGGCAGCGGCUGCACAAAGUGCAGCAGCAGCAGCACGAUUGCAAACACUGGAGAAAAUUAAGAGAGCCAAACUCGCAGGCGAUCAUCGACCUGACCGAAGCCUGGCUGCUCUGCGUUCUGAGCUUGAGGGGCUUAAGGCCACAAAAGCUGCCCUGCUGAACGGGUCAGUGCCUGAGGCCUGCUCCAAGUCGGCGAGCACACACGGCCUGGGUGUCCUCAAGCGCCACUAUGAGCAAGUGAAUCAUGGUUGGGAGGAGCUGUGCGGAAAAAAGCUGCGGCUGAUGGAGAUGGCCGCAGAGCAGAAGUCGAGGCACGCCGUAGUGAAUGACAUCGCCGAGGUCGAGCGCCGGCGGCUGCAGGACACCGCGGCGGGCAUCGAGCGCAUGGUCCGCCUGCUGGAGGGCAGCUUUAAAGCGGCGGCGGCCAGGAAGCAGCGGUACGGCCAGGUGGCGGUCGAGGACGCCAGACACAUCCCCGCAGACGACGCCUACCUGACGCGCCUGUCGUGCGCCCUGCGCUACUCGCGCCAGGCCAUCAGGACGCACCCCGACGGCCCCAAGGAACGGUGCCGGCCGCCCAAGCGGCCGCGCGACAGCCCCCCGCCCGCUGGCGGGGACCACUGGGCCCUGGAGCCCAGCCCGCUGUCCAAGAUCGCCAUCCUGCAGGAGAGGAGCACGAAUCCCGCGCCCCUUGGAGCGGCGGACACGCACAAGGGCAGAGAGGCAGACACGCUCAAGGGGAGAGAGGUGGACACACAGAUCGUGCAGGCGGUGAAGACGCCGGCGACUGUGCAGAGUGGGAGAGAGUGCACUCCACUGUCGAUGUCCGCCACGCCGAGGGGGGGCGGCGUGGUGUCGAUCGAGCACGCGUGCCGGUGGCUGUCCCAGUUGUUCCAGGAGCAAGGCAGGAGGAGUGGGGAGCUGACGCGGCUGUACUCCAGGGAGCUGCCGGAGCAGAUGGCGGCUCUUGGGGGCGCCGCGCGGCGUGCGCACAGGCUGGUGUUCUUGUCUCUGGAGGCGGGGGAGGCGAUGAUGGUGGACCCCGCCGUGCUGGAGGGGUCGCGGUCGUUGCAGAGGCUGGGGCACGAGCUGAUGGCGCACGCGGGGGAGUUCCGGGAGGAGGUGCGGGCGUACAAGAAGUUCCUGCAGCAGAACAAGAUGGCGCGGAAGGACAGGCAGGCGCCGCUCAUCUUCUUCCUGCAGCCGGAGGCCAUGGGCCAGAAGCUGCGGUUCUACCAGGCGAAGCUGAGGGGGGCUGGGUGA